AUGGCAACAUCAGACGCGAUCACACACACCCCCUUGGUGCGCAAUCCGAUUGGCCACACGACGACCUUCAUCAUGGCCUACAAAAGCACCAAAUUUCACAGCACCUCCAACUUCAAGCGGCUCAAGGAAUUCUUUGACAAGAUGGCGACUAAAGGCCUGCCGAGCAUAAAACCAUACCGAGCGGGGCUUCGAAGAAAUUCCUCGUUCAUGAUUAAGAGAAGGCAGCAGGAUACGAACUUCCUCUCUGCCAGUUUAUUGUGCACUCAAAUCCGACUCCAAUCUCCAGUUACCCACUUCCGUCUGCAGAACCACAGACCUGGAAGCAUUUCUGCUUAUCCAAGCACUAAAUUAUCGGAUCCUUUGAACAAACACGUGUCUAGGGGAAUUGAAUCUACUGAAGCCCCGAAGAUAAAGUCUGGAAUUCAAGAUAACGAAGUUCCUGCUACGAGCUUCGGGCGUGUUAAACUCAGUGGUGAGCCCGGGUUUGUGGCUCCACCUCCUUCACCUGUUGAAGAGGACCUAAAUACUCACUUAAGCCUUCCACCGAAUCCCUCUGAAACUCAAAUCAAACAGGUAAAUGUCGAUUUACGUAAAGCCCAAUCUACAUCCGAGGAUUGGGAUCUGCCUGCACCAGUCUUUGAUAUAAUUGAGAAGGCCUUCUUUGACCUUUCCACCCACGCCGAUAAUGAGAUAUUUCAUCCGAAAGUAGAAAAACCAAAAUCGUCCAUUUCUGGCACUCAAAAUUUGGACUUGGAUGACAAAGGUACAGAAUGUGGACUUAAGGAACACGAAGACCUCAACUCGAUCUUCCGCGUUUCUCUAACGAUGUCAAGUUUAGAAUCAACUCCAACCUCCCGACCGCCAUCUCAGGAUGUGGAUAACGACAAUCGCCUGCCCAGUCUGUCGCAAAAAUCGAUAUUAAGGAGGGCUGACGGUGAAACCAACGAUCACCUGAAUGCGCCUCCUGAGGUUCGCCCGGCCUACUCGUUCACGUGCUUCACCCAGGCGCUUUCUGCGGACACAAGGAAAGGCGUCCGCUUCGACGUUCAAAGGAAUUCCACUCACACCUACGAGAAAGUCCACGAGCAGGUUUUGGUGAAUGGCGCCAGAAAAGCCAUCUUCCAGCGUUUGCGGUUGCAGCGCAUUUUGCAUCGUUAA